AGUUGAAGUGUACCUAUGAUAGAAAUGACAGACCUCUACAUGCUUUGAGACCAUGUUGAGACAUUCUCUACAUCCAGAGAGCAACAGCAGGAAGAUCACAGAGCUAAGAGGUCUCACCACUGCCCACAUUGUGAGGAGAUUUUCCCAAUUCUAUCAAAGCUAAAAAUACACCUAAAAAUGCAAAGAGGAGCGAAUCUGUAUUCCUUUACUGACUGCGAGAAGAGCUUCACAACAUCAAGGGCUCUGACGGUUCAUCAGAGAGAGCACACUGGAGAAAAGUCUUACUCCUGCACUGACUGUGGGAAAUGCUUCAAUAGAUCAUCUAAAUUAACCAUUCAUCAGAGAGUGCACACAGGAGAGAAGCCUUACUCCUGCUCGGACUGUGGAUCGAGUUUCUCCCAAUAUGGCCACUUAAAAUCACACCAACGUAUACACACCGGAGAGAAGCCAUACUUCUGCGCUGACUGUGGGAAUAGCUUCACAACAUCGAGGGCUCUGACAAUUCAUCAGAGAGUGCACACUGGAGAGAAGCCUUAUUUCUGCUCUGAUUGUGGAAAGAGUUUCUCCCGAUUGGACACCUUAAAAAAUCACCAAUUAAUACAUCAAGGACAGAAGCCGUACUCCUGCUCUGACUGUGGGAAAUGCUUCAUUAAAUCAGCUAAAUUAACCAUUCAUCAGAGAGUGCACACUGGAGAGAAGCCAUACACCUGCUCUGACUGUGGAGAGAGUUUCUCCCGAUUGGAUGCCUUAAAAAGUCACCAACUAAUACAUAAAGGACAGAAACCUUACGUCUGCUCUGACUGUGGGAAGAGUUUCUCUCAACUGGGAAACUUAAAAACCCACCAACGUAUACACUCAGGAGAGAAGCCAUUCUCCUGUUCUGACUGUGGGAAGGGAUUCUCAGUAUCGGGCAACCUAAAAACCCACCAACGUAUACAUAAAGGAGAGAAGCCAUUCUCCUGCUCUGAUUGUGGGAAGAGUUUCUCCAUGUCAGGCAACUUAAAAACCCACCUACGUAUCCAUAAAGGAGAGAAGCCUCACUCCUGUUCUGACUGUGGGAAAUGCUUCAAAACAUCAGCAGAGGUAAAUGUUCAUUGGAGAACACACACAGGAGAGAAGCCUUACCACUGUGACUGUGGGAAAAGUUUCUCCAGGUUGAAUACCUUAAAAACCCACCAACGUAUACAUACAGGCGAAAAGCCAUUCUCCUGCUCUGUCUGCGGGAAGAGUUUCUCUGUAUCAUGCAACCUAAAAACCCACCAACGUAUACACACAGGAGAGAAGCCUUACUCCUGCUCUGACUGUGGGAAGAGUUUCUCCAUAUCGGGCAACCUAAAAACCCACCAUUGUAUACAUAAAGGAGAGAAGCCAUACUCCUGCUCUGCUCGCGGUAAAUGCUGAGGUAAACGUUAAUCGCAGAACACACAGGAGAGAAGCCUUACCACUGUGACUGUGGACAAGAGUUUCUCCAGAUUGAAUACCUUAAAAACACACCAACAUAAAGGAGAGAAGCAUCAUCAGUUCUCUCAGACCAGCUAUGAUUAAAGUCACUCCAUCACUUAAUUCUCAUCUCAUAAAGGAAGUAGUAACAAACAGUUCAUUUGAUCAAAAGAAGAAAGCGUAGCACACUGUUGUUUCUCACUGUGCAGUGGAAGAGGAGCGUUUUCUACAACGUUAGCCUCUACUUUACCGAUCAGUGUGUUUUGUUAGCUUCUACUGUAGAGAUAUUGAGAUCCCCAUGGAUUUGCCCUUAGGGUUGAAUACCCUCUGAGGUGUCUCUCAUUGAAACAAUAAAGUCUGAGGGUUGACUGGCUGGUACUGCUUUCAUCUAAAGUGUUCUGUGGUAAGGUGCUGGUAGACACAACAUGUAUCAGCUAGAGAUGGUGUGAUGAUCAGUGUUCUGUGGUAAUGAGCUGGUAGAUACAACAUGUAUCAGAUAGAGAUGGUGUGAUGAUCAGUGUUCUGUGGUAAUGAGCUGGUAGAUACAACAUGUGUCAGAUAGAGAUGGUGUGAUGAUCAGUUUUCUGUGGGAAUGAGUUAGUAGACACAACAUGUGUCAGAUAGAGAUGGUGUGAUGAUCAGUUUUCUGUGGGAAUGAGUUAGUAGACACAACAUGUAUCAGAUAGAGAUGGUGUGAUGAUCAGUUUUCACCAUAAAUUUGGCUGGAUUAUUUGUUGCUACUAAAUGACUGUUUGUUUAAUGAUACACAGGCUAUGAAACGACUACAUGUUUAAUGAUACACAGGCUAUGAAACGACUACAUGUUUAAUGAUACACAGGCUAUGAAACAACUACAUGUUUAAUGAUACACAGGCUAUGAAAUGACUACAUGUUUAAUGAUACACAGGCUAUGAAACAACUACAUGUUUAAUGAU